GUCCUGCGGGUAUAAAAGCCGCUCCCUCGGGACGUCCGGUGUCAGCAGUUCCUCGGAGCACCGAGCAAGAGCACUUGUCUCAAGAACUUGAAGAGCCCUUCGUAUUCUUCUUGGAGAACUUGGUCGCGGCAGCCUCGGCUUCCUCAAAAUGCGGCGUACGCGUCACGUAGUGCUGCCUGUACGAUCUUGGCAGUACAUCGGACUCCUGAUAGUAUCGUUGGCGUGUCUGACUCUAGGACUGGUGUCUAGAGAUAGGGAGGGACACUCCGGUAGUCUUGCAGGACCUGAACUCUCGCAUCAGGCUCCCCAUGAGGUAGACGCCUGUCCAAAUUUGAACGCUAUCACUAAAAUACUUUCGUGUCCGAUUGCCGAACCAGAAGAACCUACGAAACCGGUUGACGAUCAUAAAACAGGAAUAUCCGAGUUCAGAGUAUUACCCGCGUCUCAAAGAUCCGUAUUCUCACGAUCGUUGAGUCUGGAUCGUUCGUCUAGGAUCGGUUCGCAGGAAAUCAGGGAACAAUCCAGGAACCGAGAUCUAAGAGCAGCCGACAGGCUUUCAAGGACCCGCGUCUCCGACGACGAAACCAACAGACGACUCCGAGAAUCCCGAUCCAGAAUGACUGCACGAUCUCGUGACACUAGAAAUUCAUUUGAUGCUUCUCGCUCGCGGGAUCUACCCAACCGAGCAACCGAUCGCCGUUCUGCCGAGCAAAGAUCGCGAAACCUCCAGAACCGUCUGACUGAUCGCAUGAAUUCCCGUUUCGAAGAUCGUCGAUCACGAUCCACGGAACGACGUGAGGUGAACGAAAUCGAGCGUCGACAAGAUCGGGUGAAACGAUCGAUGGAUUCACGAAAUUCUCUGAGUCUUCAGCGUCGUACCAGCCUUGAUCGUGAUCGUCGGUUACUCUCAAUGGAGCAGCGACUUCCGAGCGAGAUCAAUCGGCAGGAAUCACGUAAAGUUUCGCGUGAACGCCGUGAGUACCGAGAUUUGGCACGCGAUCGUGUAGAUCGCCAAUCCGAGAUGCGCGAACAUAGAUCAAGCCGUCGUGAGGACCGCAGGAAUCUUCUGGAUCGUUCGGCGAGAAUUGCACGAGACGACAUCGAUCGUAACAAUAAUCUGGAUCGCCGAAAUCGGGAACGAUCAAUUGAAGUCCGCCGCGCUCUUCCGCAUCGUGUUGCAGAUCAAGUACGUAAAUCUUCAGUCACUACCAUAGAUUCUCGUAGAGACCUCACUAGGUCCAACAAUCGUCAUUCAGUGUCUCGAUCAGUGGAACGUCUAAACACCAACGAUCUUUCCCGUGAAACGCUUAACAGACAAGUUCGAUCGAUAGAUUCCAAUGAGAAAUCCAGUGAUCGCAGGUUGUCCUCCGAACGUAGAUCUUCGGUCCGUUCCAUGGAACGUCGCGAAAUUAAUCAUUUGGAGCGGCAAAAGGACGAGAAUCGGAGAUCCCUCGAUCGAGCGCGAGUUUUGCCCGCGGAUUCCCACCGAAGGAUCGUAAGCCAACGUGAUUUCCGUGAAAACAGGGCAAGAGAAAAUUCUAGGGCUGGUCUGACACGAUCACGUUAUGAUUUCGAAGAGAUCGCGAGUCGGGAGCAAAGACUUGCCCGAUCAUCCCGUUCGGUUGAUUCUAAUGCGAUAGAUCGACGGGAAUUCGCGAGGAUCCGAGACUCCAGAGAUCACGAACGUAAAGUGCGUGAUUCUUCAGCAGCUCGACGAGAUUUAAGCCUGGAGCGACGAGAGCGGACAAAUCGCUUGCAACGAUCUCGCGAAGAGCGAAGGAUCGUUGCUCAAAAAUCUCGCGAAACUGAACGACGACUGUCCGAGAGAAUUUCGGAAAGAAGAUUUUCUGACCGACGAGUUACUGCGGAUUCUGCGCGACUCGAGUCACGAGGAUUGUCCGAACGAAGGAUCGACGAUAGUUUGCGAUCACGCGAAGGAUCCAGGAUGACAGAUCGGCGUCUGGAACGAAGCCCGGAAUUGCGAAUUUCUCGUGAGAGGAUCCUGGAGAGACGAUUACUCCAUUCUCAAAGAUUCGACCGAAGGAUCGACGACAGCUCAAAAUCGCGCGAAAGAUCCAGAGUAGCAGAUCAACGUGUCGACCGAAGCCGGGAACUGCAAAUUUCUCGUGAGAAGCUUUCGGAGGGACGCAGGCUCGAGAAUCCGAACUCUCGCGAAGGAUCUAGGAUGCAGAAUCGUGUAAGAAUAAACUCCGAAUUACGCAAUUCGAUGCGAAUGAUGGAGCGUAGAGCAAACUCCGGAGUAUUUUCAGAGAACAAAAUCGUUCAUUCAUCGGAAGGAAGAUCGAACGCACGGCAUGAUCUUCACAUUAGAAAUGAGAAGGAACGUGGAAUAGCUCGAUCAGCCGAGACACCUGAUAAAGGAUUCAUCAGGCAACAACGUCAGACAUCGGCGAAUCUGGAUACCACCAAGAAACCAUCCAGACUCAUCUCUCUUCAUCGGGUCGUCGGGGUUUCUCGAACUUCGAAUCAAGUCCGCGAGCAAUCAAAGUUAUCUGCUGAGAGAACACUUGCCAAGAACGCAGAAAAUAAUCGAUUAUCCGCAAGAUGGAAACGAAAUUUACAGGACACCCGCAUCGAUAGGAACGUGGAGAUCUGGACGAAGACCGCUUCAUUAAAGGAUUAUGGAUUUCUCAAAUAUCUUAUGAACUACGAUCUCGUGAAACAAGCUUUCCUCGUGGCACUUUGUACCGUUUACGGGUUUUCCCUUUACAACGGCAAAAAAUCUUACAUUAGUAGCAACAUAGUGCAACGUAUGCAGCGUUUCAUCAUAUGGUAAACAUGAAGAAACAGUCGACUACAACGGCAUUGAAACUUGCUAUUGAAAAUUGCUAUUCUCUGGACCUUCUCUAUCGAUCUCUUUAUCUCUUAUAAAUUAAAGAAUUAAGUUGCAAUAUGUGUACUGCUUCCGUGAAGAUGCUUAGAAUGUUGAUGCUUAGAAUUAACAUCCUUAGAAUGUAUAUAAUGUGUAUCCUAUAGAAAUGCUGUAGAGAUCCUAUAUCUAGUAUGUACCUAAUUGUAAGAGGCUAUAUUUUGUGCGAAUUAAUAUAAUAUUUCUUCUCGCCUAUCAAUACAAAUGUGAAUUAUUUUUUUCUAAUAAUUCCGCAUCUAUUAUACAAAUUCGACUAUUCUACGAUAAAUUGAAAAAAUUCCUCGUCAUUCACGAUGAUACCUCAACGAAAUUUCGGAUCUAUACCCAUAUCCGGAAAUAUUUAUAAACCUUUUAUGUACUUUUUAUAUAGCAUUUUAUGAUUAGAUAAUUUAUAAGUUGCUAUCAAAGAGAGUAUAUCAAAUAUUAAAAAUUAUGUUCACAUUAAGUAUUAAUCUAUUGCUAGAGAGACGUAAUCGUAUGUUUUACUCACAACAUGUAAUAAUUUUCUUUUUAAGAAUAAAAUAUUUAUAAUUAUG